AUGCGGCCGCCCUGGGGGCUCGCGCUCCCGCUGCUGCUACCCUGGGUGGCAGGUGGAUUAGGGAGCGCGGCCAGGAAUCACGGGCUGUCAGCAUGGGCAGGCCAUCCUGGGGUCUGUCACUAUGGAACUAAACUGGCCUGCUGCCACGGCUGGAGAAGGAACAGCAAGGGAAGCUGUGAAGCUACGUGUGUCCAUGGAUGCAAAUUCGGGGAGUGUGUGGGGCCAAACAAUUGUAGAUGCUUCCCAGGAUAUACAGGGAAAACCUGCAGUCAAGAUGUGAAUGAGUGUGGCUCCAACCCGCGGCCCUGCCCACACAGAUGUGUAAACACCCACGGAAGUUACAAGUGCUUCUGCCUCAGUGGCUACAUGCUGAUGCCAGAUGCCACGUGUGUGAAAUCCAGGACGUGUGCCACGACAGGCUGCCAGUACGGCUGUGAAGAAACGGAGGACGGGCCGCAGUGCCUGUGUCCGUCCUCGGGGCUCCGCCUGGGCCCCGAUGGCAGAGUCUGCACAGAUAUUGACGAAUGUGCCUCUGGUAAAGCCAUCUGUCCCUACAAUCGAAGAUGUGUGAACACGUUUGGAAGCUACUACUGCAAAUGCCAUGUUGGUUUUGAACUGAAAUAUAUCCGUGGACGAUAUGACUGUGUAGAUACAUGCAGCCUCCAUGCCAAUUGCCUCAAUACCCAAGGAUCCUUCAAGUGUAAAUGCAAGCAGGGGUACAAAGGCAAUGGACUUCAGUGUUCUGCUAUUCCUGAGAAAUCUGUGAAGGAAAUCCACAGGGCACCUGGUACCAUCAAAGACACAAUCAAGAAGCUGCUUGCUCACAAGAAAAGCAUGAGAAAGAAGGGGAAAAUUAAAAAUACCCUCCCCGGGUGCACUGGGCCUCCUGCUCCUAAGGUUAACUUGCGGCCAUUCAACCAUGAAGAGAGUGUUGACUGGAGCAGGAAGUCCAAUGGAGGAAAGAAAGGGCCUGAAGAGAGAAAAGACGGACUUGAGGGAGAGAAAGGAGACGAGAAAGCCCUGAAGAACCAUGUGGAGCGGGAAGAAAGCCUUCGAGGAGAUGUGUUUUCCCCUAAGGUUAAUGGAGCAGGUGAAUUUGGUCUGGUUCUGGUCCAAAGAAAAACUCCAACAUCCAAACUGGAAUACACAGAUUUAAACAUUUCAGCAGACUGCAGCUUUGAUCAAGGGAUCUGUGACUGGAAACAGGAUAUAGAAGAUGAUUUUGACUGGAACCCUGCUGAUCGAGAUGAUGAUGCCCUUCUCUCCACAUUCUACUGGGACAGCCCCUCAAGGAGGAUCAUUUUUGAAGCAGAACGUGGCAAGGGCAAAACUGGCGAAAUUGCAGUGGAUGGUGUCUUACUGGUGUCAGGCUUAUGUCCAGAUGGCCUUGUAUCUGUGGAUGGUUGA